AUAACUGAGCUAGGCUGGAAGACGCACAUACACUUGGACCAGCAGGCUUUCAAACGCGAUCAAGAUGCCCAAGGAGAAUACCAAUACAAUGAUUUCACCGCGCACGGCAUUAGCGAGGUGAUUGACAAUUGGCUGAAAGACAUCAAUAAGGAGAUAUCGAAGACGGUGUCCCUGUAUGCGAUGUGGGCCCAACUUGAAGGAUUCUCGUUUUUCACAAAAACCGACUACAUUGAUACCUGGUUUAUGGGAGAUGACGGUCACGGAUCCGCAGAGACGAUUGGCCUCGUUGGCAAAGCUCUCCUCACCAGUCUCUACAUCUUGAAAGAUCACGGGCUAUUCAAACCCUAUCAGCCCACGGAUGUCGGUGGGCUCAGGAACCUCCCGCUCAUUCUCGCCCUGUUCGUUGAAUUUGCCAGGGCGUGGAACGAGCUAGGUGGUGAAAAAUCCGGUGGACAAUACGGGGAGACAAAGUGGGUACACAAGCUUGCACAACUCGCAAAGGAGAACAAAAUCGAGAUCAAGGGUCCCUACAAGUUCCACAAACACAACCGAAAACAGCUUGAGCCCGAGCUUGACUCUGAAGAGCCGAAGAAAAAGAAGCAGAAACUGCAUUUGUCGGAAGGCACAUGGGGCAUUGCGACCUCUGUCGACGCCGAUCUCGAUGAUGAGGCUGAUGUUGAGGACGAUGGAGAUUACUCAGUGGCUGGGUGGAGGAAAGCGACCUCUACCAAAAGACAUGCUAAGGAGCGCAGGACCGUAAUCGGUGGCACUGACUACGAUCUCACAAGGGGAGGAGGACGCAGAUAG